AGAACGUCAUUAGUGAUGGAAUCCUCGGUUGGAUUAGCAGCAGUGCUAGGCUUAUUUCAUAUUUUAUCAGCUUCUGCAGUUCCAGUACAAGCGAGUUCGAUCCAGGUGGUAUCAUCGUUGGAAAAUGAUAUAGAAGAAGAUUGGAAUCAGGAAUUUGGGAACCAAUCCGCUGCUAGUGAAAAAGUGAAGGCGAACUCAGAAGAUCAUAUUGAGGAGAAAAACUUUGAAAUCUCUAACCAAGAAUCAUCGAUAAAUUUUCAAGUAAAUGUUUUCCUGGAUGAGCAAAAGAGAAGUGAUCAAGAACAAAAUCAAGUGAACUUAACGAACGAAGUACAAAAUUCAGACAGCACUCUAGCCUCUACGGAUACUUAUAAACUCACAUCGCAUGAUGCCGGACAGAGUGGAUCGACAAAUGUUACCGAACUACCCGAAAAAACAACUGAACUGUUUUUCUUGAUACCGUUGCCACCAGGAAUGCGUAACACUGAAGGAAAAUCGCCGACUUGCUGUCGUUGGAAAACGACCUAAAGCAAAAAAAAAUCUCAACAGUAUUCUAACUACAUACCUAGUUUGAUAUCACAAUUGACAUAUUAUUUUUCUUUUCAACCAAUGAUAGAAAUAAAAUUCAUUCCAGUCCAAUUUAAAAA